CAACUUAUGCGAACCUCUGAGCCGCCGACGAAAAAUUCCAACAUGUUCGUAGCGGUCCUUUUCGUACCGGUUGUAGCCGGGAACGUCCUUGCGGAAAGCAGCUCUAAGCGAGUUCCUGUACUAGCGGAAAGAAGUGGGUUUACAAAACCCUACACGAUAUUUCAUCCCUGCAACUUGAACAAAUCUGGCAAACGAGCAGUAAGCUGUUCCCAGUUAAAAAGACUUGGAAAGAGCGUGACCAGUGAAUAUUUGAUCCAUCCCCACAAUCAAUUCAAGGUGAAGUGUGACAUGGAGACCGAUGGCGGCGGGUGGACUGUAAUUCAACGCCGGGGAAGAUCUGAAAGAUCCGAAGAGAACCUCUUCGAGAAAACCUAUAAAGAAUACCAAGAUGGAUUUGGAGAUGCCGCGACUUCAUACUGGAUAGGAAACGAGAAUCUUCAUCGACUCACGAACUUCCCAAAUAACAAACAAGUUCUCAAGAUUGAACUAACGAGACAAGAAGGGAACGAUAUCAAUGUGGAGUAUGAUUAUAUUAAAGUCGGUUCCCAAGCGGACGAGUACAAACUCAGCAUCGGCAAGUACAAGGGUCCUCCGGGUUACGACGCUCUGAAGUCCUACAACGGAUACAAGUUCUUUAUGGGGAAGAGCCACUUCGCAGCUCCGUAUUCAGGUUGCUACCCAUAUCUAAGUGGUGGCUGGUGGUAUAAUAAGUGCGUCCGCUCGAAUCUUAAUGGUCGUAAACUACAAUCCACUGAUCCGAAAAAUAAAAGGGGCCUUGGUAUUACCUGGCUCAAAGAUGGCGAUGCAAGUUCGUACGACGCCGUCUACGACCAGGUGGAGAUGAAAAUAAGGGAUGCCGAUUUUGACUUCUGCGCGGGUAAAAUGGCAACAUACUCUGAUAUCUGAUUUUUGUAUCCGCGAAAAAAUAACCAAUUUGUGUGGAAAGUACCAUUUAGUAUGUCAUGUAAAUUUCCCACUUAUUUCUCUUAAUUUCGCCCUGCCAACUUUAAGAAAAAAUGAACAAACAUUGGAAAUAAAAUUAUACUGCCGGAACACAACUGGCUUGUUAUAACUUAUUCAGCUCUCGCAAAGAUCCAAACCAAAAUUCACGAAA